AAAGAGAUUAAAUCCGAAAUGUGACAUUUUCCUCUCUGGAACACCAACACUCGUGACAGGUGCAUUCAGCAAUCGUUGACAUCGAACUUGUUUACGUCGCUUAAGAGAUGGCACCUCUCUCUCUCUGUCUCUUUUUCUGCGUGCUGAGCUUGGCUUCCUCUGAGGAUCAGUCUGAUGCUGCAGUGCCGUGGGGUUGUGGCUUUGGUUUGUCGCGGCCGUACACCCUGCUGUGUGACUUGGAGGUGGUGUGGGGGGUAGUGGUGGAGGCGCUGGCGGCGGGCGGUGCUCUGGCAGCGGUGCUCUUGGCCUUGGUGCUGCUAUGUCGUCUUCGCUCCAUCACCGAAGCGGAGAAACGCAGCGGCGUGGGCCCAACCCUCCUCGUCCUCAUCGCCAUCGUGGGUCUGUUCGCCCUCAGUUUCGCCUACCUCAUCGAGCAAGACCAGACCCUGUGCGUGGUUCGCCGCGCCCUCUGGGGGGCGCUGUUCGCCCUGUGCUUCUCCUGCAUGCUGGCGCAGGGCGUGCGUCUGCGCAGGCUGGCGCAGGAACGUCGCAGUCCCGGGGGCUGCGCUCUCACGGGGCUGGCUCUGGGCUUGAGCGCGGUGCAGGGUAUUAUCGCGGCAGAGUGGCUGCUGCUCACCGUGCUCCGGGAGGGGCACGAAGCGUGUGAGUUCACCCCGCUGGACUUCUGCCUGGCCUGCAGCUACGUCCUCCUCCUCCUCCUGGCCGCCACGGUGGCCGCCAGCUGCGGCCUGUGCGGGAAAACCCGUCAGUGGAGGUGUAACGUGGUUUGGCUCUUGCUCUCCUGCCUCCUCUCUCUCCUUCUCUGGGUGGCCUGGGUGGGAUUCUACGUCUACGGAAACGAGGCGUUGAAGAAAGCGCCGCAUUGGGACGACCCGGUGUUGGCGGUCGCCUUGGUGACGCAGGGUUGGCUUCUGCUCCUUUGCCACGCCGCGCCCGAAGCUCACGCGUGCCUGCGUUCCCCGCCGCAGCCUUCGGCGCCCGACUACUUCGACACGUCUCAAAAUUCCUCACGCAUGAGGGAGACGAGCUUCGACGAGGACAUCCCACUGUCCCACAGACAGUUUGUGGAGAAUCAGAGCUACGCCUUUGACGAAAACGCAGCAGGUCUGAGGAGCGGCGGGCACCAUAACGGCAGUACGGGGGCGAGACCCAGCGCUCCGUUCCGCAGUAACGUUUACCAGCCCACUGAGAUGACCAUGAUCCUCAAUGGGGGAGCGGUGCCGUCCGCGCCCCCCACCUACACGGGCAGGCAGCUGUGGUGAGGGAGCUGUGAGAGAGAGAGAGAAAAAGAAGUAAAAGGACG